AUGGCUGCUAUUAUAGAGGAUAAUGAGGUGGAUCGUUUAGAGCCAUUACUUGUUGAGGGGAAGGCAUAUUAUGUGUGGCGCAUGUCAGCAGAACCAGCUCAAAGAAAUGUAGAGUUUAUGCUAGCUGACAGUCCAUUCGUGUGCCGUUUCACUUCGGUUACUAUACUUAGUGAGAUGAAAAAUGUGAAUGAGCAAUGCAUCCCUCUUUUUCCACCGUUUAUACCUAUUGACAGGUUCUGGGAGCAUGCCUUUGGUAGUGAUACAUGUGUUGAUGUUAUUGGCAUGGCUAUGUUCGUAAGUGGUAUUGGGUUCAAAAUAGACAACUUCUACAAUUGA